GCCGUCACUGUCACGGGCCUAAACAGAAACUCAGAAAAUCGCCUCUGCGCAAAUCACCAAACCAAGUAUGCCUUCUGCUCCUCGUAAGCAAUCCAAGACCUACAAGGUGCCUAGCCGUCCCUUCGAGUCAGCUCGUCUUGAUGCUGAACUCAAGCUUGCUGGUGAAUAUGGUUUGAGAAACAAGCACGAAAUCUGGCGUGUCGCCCUUACUCUCUCUAAGAUCCGUCGUGCUGCUCGUGAGCUUUUGACUCUUGACGAGAAGGACCCUAAGCGUCUCUUUGAGGGUAAUGCCAUCAUUCGUCGUCUUGUUCGUUUGGGUAUCUUGGACGAGACCCGUAUGAAGCUUGAUUAUGUCUUGGCUCUUCGUCUUGAAGACUUUUUGGAGCGUCGUUUGCAAACUCAAGUUUUCAAGCUUGGUUUGGCUAAGUCUAUCCACCACGCUCGUGUCUUGAUCUACCAACGUCACAUCCGUGUUGGUAAGCAAAUUGUCAAUGUCCCCUCUUUCGUUGUCCGUUUGGACUCUCAAAAGCACAUUGACUUUGCCCUUACCUCUCCUUACGGUGGUGGCCGCCCUGGUCGCUGCAAGAGAAAGCACCUCCGCGCUCAACAAGAGGGUGGUGAAGGCGCUGAAGAAGCUGAAGAAGAGUAAACAUCUCAAGAAAUAAAAUGAUCAAGUGAACUAAUAUAGGUAACAAGUUGAUUCCUUGCGUGCUUAAUUUGCUUAUGUAGAAGUAAGAGUAAUUGUUAA